AUGUCAGCGAGUUUCUCAGCUUUGAGGGAACUCUGGGCGAAGGCGGCUUUGGAACGGUCUUCAAAGGCAGGCCCACUCCUGCUGGCCACCAGCUCGUUCCAGAGUUGCGGCCGAGCAGGUACUAUGCGAUCAAGAUGGUACGAAAGCCCAGCAAGGGGGGCUUUGCCGAGGAAGCUCCUUGGCGAAAAUCGACCAACCAGUGGCUAUCAUCUCUAA